AUGGCCAAGAACAGAAACCAGAUAAAAAAAAGUAGAACAAGGUCUGGUUGUUUGACUUGUCGUGAUCGGCAUAUGAAAUGUGAUGAACAGCAGCCGGUUUGUAAUAAUUGUAUUAAGUCGAAAAGGAAAUGUUUUCGGGGUAUUAGAUUGAACUUCACACAAUACACCAUAUAUGAUCCUCCAAAUAAUCCAUACCAGAACAAUCUUAGUUAUAGAAUAUUGGAUCAAUCAGUUACCAUUGCAUCCCUUUAUGAAGAUGGUAAGAAGCAAUAUGAAUCAUAUGUACCAUUUCACUCCUGGGAAGAUUUAAGGGAGUCAGAUAUACAGUAUCAGAAAGAUAUACAUUGCUCAAUACCAUCAACAAACCUUUUAACAGAUUCAAACGUUCAAGAAGCAGAUGAUGAUCUGUGGAUACACCAAUACCAACCAACACCAAGGCAACUAUCUCCUGAAACAUUACGAUUUGAUAACAAUUCUAUUUCCGAAAACAGUGAGAUAACCAACUUGUUAAUGAAUGAUUCAACUUCUGUAUCAGACGAAAUAGAACAGCAUCAAUCAAUCAUUCAACAGCGGCAACUGCAUCUCCAACAAUCUAUACCAGAUAUCAAUGAAUCUCGAGACAUGCAAAAUUCUGCAUCAGAUAGUGACAUAUCGUACAACGUUGGAGCAAAAGAUUUUAUCAACCUUGUCCAGCAUCAAAAAUACUAUUGGUUUUUAGAUUUAUUUAACGAGCUAAGCAUUUGGAAGCUGAUUAUACCAAAUUAUUGUUUAAAACUCACUGAGGUCGAGAAUUCUGCAGAUGAAAGUAAUACCUUUUUAAUCAAUUGUUUACUUAAUUGUUCGAUACAAAAUUCCAUUAAUUUUAAUUCGAUUUUAGAACAACAAUUACAAUAUUGGCUUGUUUUAAGGCCAUUACGCUUGACACCCGAAACUUUCUCUAAGUUCGAAAGACUAUUAAUAUCAAUAGUAUUAAUCUUGCUUAACUUGUUGACCAAAUUACAGCAUGGGAUAUUGCAAUUUGAUGAUAGUAGCAAAUUAAUAUUUAACAACCAGAUCAAAAUAUUUAACCAAUCCAUUGAGAAGCUUCGUGAUUUAAACGAUGCAAAGCUUAGAAAAGUAAAAUCAGUAGUAUUAAUCAGUGCUAUUCAUUCAAUUUCAAUUUUAAAGUUUUUUAUAAACAACCAGUUUAAGCACAACAGAACUCGAUUUGACGUCACCGACGAAAUCUCAUAUAACCAUACAAAAUUAACAGCAGAAUUCACUACUUUGAAUCAUUUUGAAAUUAUAAACAUCAACUCAUUUUACAAGAAGUUUGAAUAUCCUCAAAUCAGCUAUAAUUUACAAGUUCAACCAAGUAGAACACCGGAUACGAAAUCAGAUGCAUUGAAACUAAGACAGUUCAUCUGGUAUCUUAUAAAACUCAAUUUUAUUUUGAAAAAUCCAACUAAUUCAUUAAUAGAAAUGGAUUAUAAUUUCAUAUUUACAGAUGAGAAUACAUUAGGGAUUCCACCUUUAAUGAAAUCUCCCGAAGAACAACAAACAAUCCUAGGUACAAACAACCAAGCGGAAGUACCUCCUGCAUCAUCAGCUAAAGCAUCAAAGAAAAAAAGAAGAGUCGAACCAGUUCAUUCGAUUAUUCUUCCAAACGACAAAGGCAUAGCCAUAAUGAUUUUGAGAGAAUACAUCAAUAAGUUGAUUAAUUCUAACGAUGAGGCUAUCAAAGCCGGUUCUAACGAAAGUAUCAAGUCAAUUUUAGAGUCUAUAAACAAGUCAAUGAUUGAACCAGAGAUAAAACUUCUCUGGGACAGAAACUUUAGAUGGACUUUGAACGAUAUUUAG